GACGUCAUAACGGGGACGGUUGGUGGCGGACUGACCGACACAGUAAAGAAAAGAAAUGGCGAUGCUCGGAGGGUUUAGCUCUACACAGCACAAGAAAAACGUCUCUGACGGGAGCGGCGACGUGUCAGAAUUUGUCUGUCCAGUUUGUCUCGAAAUUUUCGACAGUCCCGUCACAACACAAUGCGGACAUACGUUCUGCCAGAGUUGUUUGCAGGAGUGUUUGCGUCCACAGAAGCCUGUUUGUGCUGUAUGUCGGGCCACACUUGGCCACUGGACUAAAGCAGUUGAUCUAGAGGCCCUCAUCCAAUCAUCUGUGGCGGCUUGCAAGGGAUGUGGAGCUCAGGUUGGCCUUUCUCAGAUGAGAGGCCACACAGCUGCCUGUUCAAAAUACCAGGAGUACAUUGAGGAGGGAGUGAGGACCACUGCCCAGAGCCAGCCUGCCAUCAUCAGUCCAGUGCCAAAUCGUUACACCUUCACCUGUCCUUACUGCAACUGCCAGAACCUCGAUCAAGACGGCCUGGUUGAACAUUGCACUUCCCAGCAUGCUCGAGAUGCACGCCAAGUGGUGUGCCCCAUCUGUGCCUCAAUGCCUUGGGGGGACCCAAACUACAGGAGUGCUGACUUUUUCCAGCACCUGAAGAUUAGACACACCUUUUCCUAUGAUACCUUUGUUGAUUACUCCACAGAUGAGCACACAAUGAUCCAGGAGGCAUUACAGCGCUCCCUUUUGGACAACUGAAGUGUGAAGAACAAUCUACCAGUGAAGGGAAAAUGGUGAUGCCGCAUCUUGAGAAGACAGUACCAUCAUUCAUCUAUAAUGAGGAUGGUGGUACUGUAUUAUUGUGGGUAAUCAGUUUCACAGGGAAUUGGUAUCGUAAUUAUGAAUCUAUAGGUUUAAUAUUAAAAACAAAUAAAUCACAAUUGCAAUAUGGUUAAAAAAAGAAAAAAAAGCAUUCUGUACUGUCUGAUGUUUCUGGUGUGAUAAUAUCUUAUCUUCCCCCCAGUUGAGCCCGUAGACUUUAUAGUUUGUUGAAAAUCUACUAAACUAUGUUUGUCAAGCUGUUCGUUCAUUGAUGACAUGGUGUCAUAUAGCCAAAAACUUCCAAAGCUGUAAUUAAAAUCCCCUGUUGUCAAUACUUGAUGUAAUAAGAGGGUUCUACCACUAGGUGGCUAACUAUUGCCAGCAAAUGAUAAACUUCACUCAGUGAAGUCGUCAAGUAAUGUUCACAAUAAUAUAUAAUAAUCUACUCAAGAGUGACUCUGCAUGUUAAGAGAGGGGUUUUUCGUUAUUCUUUUUGUUUCUGAGUUUAUUAGCAGAUGUCUUUUUUUCUGUCUUUUUUUAUGCUGUUUCUGGGUGUAGUGUGUGUGAGAGAGUGUAUGUUCAUUCUGUUUUCAGAGAUCUACUGGAAAGAAUAAAUAAUGUGGGGGUCAAACAAAGCCAGAGAUGGCUGUUUGCUUUAUUGUAAUGUUUCUCCCUUAUGUCUUUGUGCCUGCUGGUAGAUCUUGUUUCUGACUUCCAAACUCAUAGGGCUAAUAGUUCAUCCAGAAAAAACCAAAAGAUGCAAGUAGGAAACCAUCAGUAUGUCAUAAUCAGUCAGUUCAGUGAUUUUCAUGUGGUGAAGAUUCAUUUGCAUGUUUAUGGCCAUAGGAGGGCAGUAGAGUUCCACCGUUAUCUGGCCAUCCAUGACAGCCACUGGCCCUCACCAGCCUCCUGGCUCUGUUGCAAGACAUAAUUCAACACAGAUUUCAUUCUAUAAAUGUGCUUUACUCGAUGUGUUGUUUUCCAGCCUAGUUUUUAACUGGGUUUUGUUCAAAUGCAGCAUACAAAAAUGUCACUGAUCUCGAAAAACUGAGGUUUUAGUGGGGUUAUUUGUCAUAGUUUAACAGAAUAACCACAACUUCACUUUUUAGACACGUGAUGAUGUGACACAAGAUUUUAAAUGUAACUCACUGUAGUGUGUUUUUCCAUGUCGAGUGUCUUGGAUACUUCUUCACAACUCCCCCCCCCCCAAAAAAACACUCCCGUUUGUUUUUGGUGGCUUUCAUAUUUCUCAACACCACUGCCAACAAUUCUGAAAACAAAAAAACAUUGUUAUUAUUUGUAUGCUUCCAAAAACUGACAGCAUGUGAAGAAAAUUUAAGUUUGACAUUGCUUGAUUUUUACUGGAUGAUUUAAUUUUAAAUGUUUUAACUUUAAAUGUGAAUUGUGUGUAUCUGUUAUUUUAUAUCAGUGUUGUUCUCCAAUGACGCGUAAUUGUCACAAAUCAACCAUAUAGUACAAUUCUUCACAUACACAGUCGCACUGCAUUUGUCGUCUACUAACAGGUGAAUAAAACUCCAUACACCCAGAUUAAGUAGCCCUAGAGCAAAACCUAAAUGCCUUUUCACAUAGUCUUUUGUGCCACUUAGGCCUAGAUGUUCGUUUUUCUCUCCAGUAAAAUGUGUAAUAAUUUUGUAUGUGUUUCUCAUGUAUAAUGACCUUUUUUUUUUCCUCAAUAUAUCUCUCAUUCUCUUAUGUCAGCCCUACUGUCAGGGGGUGCUAAAUCCUGAUAAAUUAAAGCUCUUUAAUUAUUUAAA